UAAAAAAAAAACUCAAAAUGGGGGUAGAAACGAUGUCCUGGGGGAUGAGGCACAGUAUUUAGGAGUGGGAACUUUUCAGUUUAUUAAUACAUAUGAUGUCCUGAUUAUUUCCACCAAUUUUGAAAACGUUAUGAAUUUUGUCGUAUAUAUCGGAAUUUGAGCCAUAAUAUUACUGAACUAUAUCUAAACAAAUAAAAAAGUUGACCCAUUUUUGAGAAACACCCGGUAUAACAAAAUACACGGGGAAAAGUACCCUAAAUAUUUUAGACAGUUGAGCUACUAGAACACUCUCUGUGUAACAUUCCCAAACAAGAAUUUCAUGAAAAAAUGCUGUCUGAUUAGAUAGUGACAUUUACACAUCAAAUUAACGACAUUCAGACGUCAAAUUUCACAUUAUUAAUGUGUGCCGUUUUUGAAAAUCUGCCGUGAUUUCGGUUCUUCUUUAUGUAGCUUCUUUCCUUAUGUAACUAAAUAUUUGUUUAGGAAAAUAUCCUCAUAUUUUAAAAACACAAUCUAAUUUUUUGCAUUUAUUAAUUUACGCCGCCCUGUAGUUCCAUUCAGUUUUUAAUACCUAUUACUACUCCUUUAAAGACAGAAUGGUUGAAGAAAAGAAAGUACUUGUUUUGUACACUGGAGGUACCAUUGGAAUGAUGAAGACUACUAAAAAUAAUGCAUAUGCCCCUGUGGCUGGGCUCUUUACCCAGUUUAUCAAAGAGAUUCCGAAACUCUAUGACAGGGUUCUUGCCGCAGGUCUGAACUUGCAUUGCAAUCAACUGACUAUAAAAUAUUUGAAUACUCGUAUUAUAUACCAGAUUAUCGAAUAUGAUCCAUUGUUAGAUUCCAGUAAUAUGUCUAUAAAGGAAUGGAAAAAAAUUGCUACAGAUAUUGAGAAGUGUUACUGCUAUUUUGAUGGAUUUGUUGUAUUGCAUGGAACAGACACCAUGGCUUUCACUUCAUCGAUAUUAUCCUUUAUGAUAGAAGGAUUAAAUAAGCCAAUUAUUAUUACAGGAGCUCAGCGACCUAUCUUCGAAGACGGUACAGAUGGAAUUAGUAAUUUCUAUUAUUCCUUAAUUUUUGCUGCAGCGUACAAUAUAUCUGACGUAUGCGUCUUCUUCGACAAAGUUUUGUUGAAGGGAAACCGUUGCAAGAAAAUCGACUGCUCAGGUUUUGAUGCGUUUGAUUCUCCUAAUUAUCCUCAUCUAGCUGAAAUAACUUUUAAUAAUAACAACAAUAAUGUUACCAUUAAUUGUAAUUAUCCAUUAUUAAAUAGAAGGAAAAUCAGUAAAUUAUCAUUUAAAUAUGAUCUAGUUGCCGAUGUCGGCAUAUUAUACUGUUAUCCGACCAUUAGAGCUAGCGAUGUGCAUGCAUUUUUGGAAAACCUUCACGGAGCAGUUAUUCUCACAUUCGGAGCUGGAAAUGCCCCUUUAAAUGAUCACAAUAUGGUAAACACUUUGAAACAGGAAAUAGACACUGGAUUGGUCAUUAUCAAUGUUUCCCAGUGUCUAAAGGGGACAGUCACCUCGAAUUACGAAGUAGGAUGUGUCUUAAAUGAAAUCGGUAUUAUUUCUGGUAAUGACAUCACCGUUGAAGCUGCAUACGCUAAGUUAGUGGUGCUCCUAAAUUACUUAAAUAAAGCCGAAUUGGAAGCUGACGUAAAUGGUGAAAUGACAGUUAAUUGACAGCCUAUUGACUCCUUUUCUAGAAAGAAAAUACAAAUUUAUUUAUAUAUGUUAUCGGAAUAAAACAAAAAAUAAUAAA